AUGGUAAUGAUAGCCAUACCUGUGGAGGAUGUCAGGAACAUGUGGACCGACACUCUAAGAUACACCGACCUCUUAGACAGCUGCACACACUCUCUAGAGUCUAGCAUACUGUGUUGCUUAUUUAACCCUCUGUGUCUCUCCCUCUGUGCAGGAUAUGGCUUUGUGGACUUUGACAGCCCGACAUCAGCCCAGAAAGCUGUAGCCUCUCUCAAGGCCAGCGGAGUCCAGGCACAGAUGGCCAAGCAACAGGAGCAAGACCCCACUAACCUGUACAUCUCCAACCUGCCUGUAACCAUGGAUGAGCAGGAGCUGGAGAACAUGCUGAAACCGUUCGGUCACGUCAUCUCAACACGGGUGCUGAGGGACGCCAACGGGGUCAGCAGAGGAGUCGGCUUCGCCAGGAUGGAGUCAACAGAGAAGUGUGGUGUUGUGAUUCAACAUUUCAACGGGAAGUUUCUCAAGACUCCUCCAGGCGUACCAGCUCCUGUAGAACCCUUACUCUGUAAGUUUGCAGAUGGAGGACAGAAGAAGAGGCUGAACCAGAACAAGUACCCCCAGAACGGACGACCAUGGACCAGAGAUGGAGAGAGUGCCAUGACAUUGACAUAUGAUCCCACUGCAAUGCAGAAUGGGUUCUACUCCUCUCCCUACAUCUCCACCAAUAGGAUGAUAGCACAGACAUCCAUCACUCCCUUCAUUGCUGCCUCACCCGUCUCCACGUACCAGGUCCAGAGUACAUCCUGGAUGCCUCAUCAACAGUAUGUUAUGCAACCUACCGGUGCUGUGAUAACCUCAGCUAUGGACCACUGCAUGUCCAUGCAGCCCUCCAGUAUGAUGGCUCCUCUAACACAGCAGAUGAACCACAUGUCCCUGGGCAACACAGGAACCCAGUACAUGUCUGCUGCAGCAGCAGCUGCUCCAAUGCAAGGGACCUACAUUCCUCAGUACACUGCAGUGCCUGGCCCCACCCUCUCAGUGGACGCAGUGGUAACAGAGGGCUCGCCCCAGAAUAUACCCCCCUCCUCACAGGACCCUAACGGACAGCCACCCCUGGACAACGACUCACCUGCCUACUCCUACCAACAGACUAAGUAACAGGAGGAUUAGGAGGGAUUGUUCCAGUAACCGCCUUGAGACAGGGGCUGCACUGAAGCACUGGAGGAAUGGAAAAGGAAUGGAUGAACAAAGGAGGACAAAGAGAGGCGAUCGCUUUAACUUUGCACAGGCACCAAAAAAAGACUUUAUUUUGUAUCUGUCCUGAGAGAGAGAGAGAGAGAAGGAGAGAGAGAGAGAGAGAGAGAGAGAGAGAAGGCGACAGAGAGAGAGAGA